CGAGCACAGUAAACACCACGAAGAAGAAAAGAAGCAAACACGGAAGAGACGUCGGGCAACAGCCAGUUCCCAGCUGCAAUUCUUUGAUUUUAGUAACUUUUCAUGGCUUGACGAGUUAGUGCAGCCAUGCAGUAUUUUACCGACAACUGUUAAAUAGAAGCGAUGUUAGCAGGAUUUCCAAAAUGAAGUGGAUAUUUUAAGGAACGAAGGUUAAUUUCACCUGACAAUGUUUAGCAAGUCGCCCAACGUUAGCCACCACCAGUAUCAGCCCCUUCCGCAGCGAGACUCCAUGAAAAGUAGUCCCGGGCUGUUUGUGGGAUCUGAGGGCUUUAACGCUACACAAGCCAACUACCACAAGGGACAUUCAUUUGACUACAUCCCUAAAAUCACUGAGAACGAUUUCACCGAUACCUCCCAAGGAUGGCUGUCCUGGAUUUGCAACAUGAUUGUCAUUGUCCUGGUGUACAUCUGCACCUUUAUAACCUUUCCUAUAACAGGAUGGUUUGUGCUCAAGACGGUUCCUAACUACCAGAGGAUAGUUGUGUUUCGUUUGGGCCGGGUUUGUCCUCCGAAGGGUCCUGGCAUUGUCCUCGUGCUGCCCCUUAUUGACCAGUGGCAGAAGGUGGACCUGCGCACCCGUGCUUUCAACAUCCCUCCCUGUCAGGUGACUACACGGGACGGAGGUGUGUUGUCAGUGGGAGCAGACAUCCAGUUCAGGAUCUGGAACCCAGUCAUGUCAGUGGUGUCUGUCCAGGACCUCAAUGCCUCAACCAGGCUGACAGCACACAAUGCUUUGACACACAGCCUGGGUAAGAAGACUGUCAGGGAGAUCCAGACUGAGAGAGUCAAACUGGGAGAACAUCUCGGGAUGGACAUCAAUGAGAUGACGCGGGCCUGGGGGCUGGAGGUAGACAGGGUAGAGCUUACCUUGGGCUCUCUACUAAAACCCCCAGACGACUGCCCUUCAGGACCCGUCAUCAUGCCGCCCUCUGUACCGGGACUGGAAGGCCUUGCCGGCCCCAUUCAGCAGCUGGCUAUGCACUUCCUAGGUCAAAGUGGGCUGUCACAUCCUCAACGAGAAGACAGUGUGACUUACACAGACGAGCUUAGCAGUGCCUCUCAGGCUGUGGUGGCCAUGCCAGGGUCUGUGGAGGAGCUGCUGGGAGCAGUGAAGCUGCUGCUGUCAGAAAAUUUGGUCAGCCAAGUGGGAGCCUGCUUCCAGUUUCACAUUAGCUCAGAAGAUGGACAACAUCAGAGUUACUACGUGGAUCUGAGCCAAGGUAGUGGUGCAGCUGGUGCAGGGUCUCCAUGCCAGGAUCCAGAUGUCAUCCUAAGUAUGAGUGACAGCAACCUGCUGGCGAUGUUUGAGGGCAGGCUGCGACCAUUUGCUGCUUACACAAGUGGCAGACUGAAGGUGCAAGGAGACCUGAGGACUGCCAUGAAGCUGGAGGAACUCAUAAAGCUCCUUAGGAAAUAGCUGACUGUGUAGGUUUUACAAAUGUUAUUUAUUAAAUCAUUUAUUUUUUACCAGGAAAGUACCUGCCCUUUUUAAUGUAUGCCUUCAAGCAUAUGCUGAGACUUUUGGAGAGGCAGGUACUCAAUGUGGUAAACGGACAUAUUAAACCAGAUUUUUUAACACCAUGGCAUGAACUGCUGAGUUAAUGUAAAACUUAAUGUACAGUGAUUGUGAGAUCUGCUGCUGCUUUGGAAAAUAUUUGGCAAUUAAGUGUACAUGCAGUUUAGCGGGACUGAAUGCAGCGAAACAUUAAACGGAAACACCAAAGCUC